CGAGUAAUAGGAAGAGGGGUUUGAACUCGGAAGUAAAACCUCUGAAUUCUGCCAGAGGAGCGUUGUCUAAUAUUAUUGUUAAAUGAAAGUAGUUAGAGGAAUAGUGAACAAAAUAUAAGUAAGUUAGAGUAAUAGCAGUGUAUUGCUGUGGUAUCUUAAGUACGGUGGGUGGGCGGGCAGGAUGGCAGAGAAGUUUGACAACUUGGAGGAGCAUCUGGAGAAGUUUGUGGAAAACAUCCGUCAGCUGGGCAUCAUAGUAAGUGAUUUCCAGCCCAGCAGCCAGACGGGACUCAACCAGAAGCUGAAUUUUAUGGUCACAGGCUUGCAAGAUAUAGACAAGUGUCGAGCACAGCUCCAUGACAUUUCUGUGCCUCUAGAAGUGUUUGACUACAUAGAUCAGGGUCGCAAUCCCCAACUUUACACAAAAGAGUGCCUGGAGAGGGCGCUGGCUAAAAACGAGCAAGUAAAAGGGAAAAUUGAUACCAUGAAGAAAUUUAAAAGCAUGCUAAUUCAAGAGCUGAGUAAAGUUUUUCCAGAAGAUAUGGCAAAGUACAAGGCAAUACGAGGAGGAGAAGAGCACCCACCUUCAUAAUUUGACUUUUUUGCUAUUCGUUUGGUAAAUUCAUAGUGAAUGGUAAAUUUCUUUCUUCAUGUUCACUGAAAUAACUAAGAAAGCUGUGGAGACAACCUAAUGACUCAUUAAAUUCCGUAAUGCAUAGAAAGUGGAUUUAAAUGUUUAUAAGUGUGGCUAGCUAUGAGCUUUCCUUGCUGUUGAUUGGUUGGAAGGAAUGCUUACAUAUGGUGUCCGGCUCGCCGACUUGGUGAACUGUAACCCAGCUUUACUUCUAUAGUGUCUUUUAAAGUACUUUCCAGAAAACAGACCAUGCUGGAUAAAUAUAAAAAUGAGAAUUUAUGUACAAUUCAAGGUAGUGUAUUUAUUUAUUUUUUAUGUUUAUACACCAGUAUUCUUCUUGGGAGUUGGGCAUAUUUUUUUUUUUUUUUUUUUUUUUUUUUUUUUUCUAAAUUAUAUAUAAUGAUUGACUGGAAUAGUAUGCUUUAGUUGUAUUAAAGACAAGAAGGCCGGAGCAUUGUUUAUCAAGUGCUGGCAUUUACCAUUUCUUUACAAUAAGCAAAAUUGCCUCAGUCAUGCUACAGGUAACAUUUUGAAAAAAGUUUGUUGAUGAUUACAAAAGUGGAGAUGUAUUCAUAGAUUUACAAAAUAAGUUGUCCUAAUUCUCAUUUGCGUUUUUCAUUUAUAUCUGGUUCAUAAAAUUUUUUGUUUUUUAUAUUUAUAAAAGUUGAAAUGUGUUAAUAUUAAAUAUCCUUUGCAUAUCAAUCUUGUGCUUUGUAUUUUGUAAAAUGAAAUCAAUAAUAAAUUUGUGUUUCUUUUC